AUGUCCUCCAAAGCGAAAGAGCGCAAGACUGCUCCAGUGUCUCACAAAGUGAUUGAGAAAAGACGCAGAGAUCGGAUCAACCGCUGUCUGAACGAACUUGGCAAAACUGUUCCGAUGGCACUGGCAAAGCAGGGCACCGGCAAGCUGGAGAAGGCUGAGAUUUUGGAAAUGACAGUUCAGUAUUUGAGGGCUCUCCACUCGGCUGACUUCGCCAGGGGAAGAGAGAAAGGCGAGUUACUAACAGAGUUUGCGAACUAUUUCCACGCUGGUUACCACGAAUGUAUGAAGAAUCUCGUCCACUAUUUGACCACGGUGGAGCGUAUGGAGACCAAGGACACCAAAUACGCCCGAAUCCUCGCCUUCUUGCAGUCCAAAGCUCGCCGAUGCACCGACCCCAUUUUCGGGCCAAUCUCCACUCACGACACAGAAUAUUCGUAUCAGUUUCACUCCGUGCCAGAGUUUACAAAUUCGCGUUUAAACGAAUCACUAUUGCAACAAGGGGCAAGAACACAGCCGCUGCAUUGGCACGGCUCAGCCCGGAGUCCCGGGCUCCCCUUUAUCCCGAGUCCGACUCUGCCCAUUGCAAACCCAGGGCAGCAACACAACUUCCUGCACUCUGUGCAAGGCCUUGAUCGUCAUUACAUUAACUUGAUUGGACAUUCUCACACAAACACUUUUAGCCUACACAACCCCCAGCACGCAAACUUAUAA